AUGCCCUCCGUGCCAUGGGGACUCAGACUCUUUUCUACACACCGUCGCCGCCCUCCCACGCCCCGAGCGCGCGUGGCUGCCACGAGAUUGACACCCAAUCACAUCAGGGGGGCCUUCCCCUCCUGCCCGUCCUCCAGCCCGCCCUGGCUCGGCCAUGAUGUACCCGGGGCACCAGGCUCCCCAGCUCCGCCUGGGGUGGUGGGGCUGGAGGAGGGGAUCUGCUGCCCCGGCUCGGCCCCACUCCUGUCCCCCUGUGUCUGUCUCCCAUGGGAAGGCAGCCUCAGCCCGGCGGGACCUCUCCUCCAACUACCAGGCCACCGUGGUCACCAUGGGUGUGACAUGCUGCUUUUUUUAGUUUUAUUUUUUUACGAAAAGAACCAGUGUCAAUCCACAGACCCUUCGAGAGCCCCGGCCGGCCGGGCGCAGCCAGCAGCCCCCGUCCCCAGGCUCCGUGGGGAGGGGAGCCCAGCGCAGACAGGACCCCGCCCCACCAAAGGGUUCACCUCACAGUUGAAUGUACAACCCACCCUAUCUGAAGACACCCCCCCCCCCCCCCCCGCCUCAGCUGCAGCCUCCUCUGCUGGCUGGCCCCUCCACCGAAAGUGGGGGCCAGUGGCCCAGAGGGGAGGUCACUGCGUGCCAGCAGGCUGUCGGGACCUCAAGGAUGUGUUAUGGAAGGCGUCCUUUACCCUUGACUUAGGCCUGAGUAUUCACACCACACACGCUCCAGUCCCUACCACCAUGAUGGCAUUUUGGUCCCUCCUUUUCUGGGAAGAGACCUUGCAGGGACCUCCUUUCCCCACCCCUUCGCCCCCCAAAAGGAAAGUAAAGCAAAAUAAACGAGGAAACAUGUUUCAGCACAGGCAGUUUUCUUCUUCUGCCCCCUCAAUCCCAGCACCCAACCUCUCAGAAGCUGGCGCUUGGGCUGGGGCUGCCCUCCGCGCCCUGGGGGCUUCAUGGGGGGGGAGAGGGCACAGGCUGGGCCCCGUCCUCCGCAAAGGCUGUGUCGCUGCUCAGGCCUCCCCAGAAGUCUCCUGCUCGGCUGUGUUGCCCCUGCCUUUAUAA